AUGUUCGACCAGGCCCUCAAGGCCAUCGGCCUCGUCUGGGUCCUCUACUCCGCCUACCGCCUCUACGAUGCCCUCGCGCUCUGGAUCCUCCCGUCGGUUCCGCUGACGCGCUACCAGAAGAAGGGCGCCUACGAGUCCUGGGCCCUCGUCACCGGCGCCUCGGCGGGCAUCGGCCUGGGCUGCGCGCAGGAGCUCGCCCUGCGCGGCUUCAACGUCGUCCUGUUCGGCCACAACGAGGACGAGCUCGAGGACGCCCGCGCGCUCAUCGAGUCCGAGUGCCUGCGCCGCCACAAGAACGACAUCGCCGUGCGCCUCAUGGUCCUCGACGCCGUCAAGAGCUCGGCGCAGCAGGUGCAGGCCGCCGUCGACGGGCUCUCGGAUCUCAACGUCACGGUGCUCGUCAACAACGUCGGUGGCGUGCCGGCGCCGCAGCCGCCGGUCCGGAAGCUGCGCGACCUCAGCGCCGACGACGUCGACGCGACCAUCGACCUCAACGCGCGGUUCAUGGCGCGCCUGACGCGCCUGCUGGUGCCGAUCCUCGCCAAGAACGGCCCGUCGCUGGUACUCAACGUCAGCUCGACGACACGGGCGGGCAUGCCGGGCGUCGUCAUGUACUCGGCCACCAAGGGCUUUGUGUCGUCCUUCAGCCACGCGCUCGCGCGGGAGAUGGCGGCGGAGAAGGCGCCGGUGGACGUGCUGUGCCUCGUCGCGGGGGAGGUCAAGACGCAGGCCAACACGCUCGCGCUGCCGUCCGGCACGCCUGAGGCGAGGGAGUUUGCCAAGGCGGUGAUGAAGAGGGCGGGGCGGGCGGCCCAGAGGGGGAUGUUGGAGGUGACGCCUUGGUUCAGGCAUGCUGUGCAGAGGGCGUUUUUCGAAAACGUCCCCGAGUGGCUGAGGCUGAAGCUGGUCAACGCCGCGCUGGAGAAGAAGCGGGUGGCCCAUGACGAGAAGGUUCGUAAGGAGGAGUGA